AUGUCACUUACCUCGUUACAGAGAUCAGAUGCUGGGUCAGGGGUCUCUUCACCUCGAGAAGUAACCUUGAGAGGCAUCACUGCUCAAGGGGUGGAUCACGAUCAUGCAGCCCACUGCCAUACAGGAGAGCUCAGUGGGCUCUAUGCAGGGUACAGCCAGUUGCCGAGGGUAAAUGCAGCAUUCAAUGAGAGGCACAGGCGCUGCGAUGCCAGUGAGUGCCUUUGUCCAGGAGGCAGGGAGCUGGCAGAGGAAGAGGGGCCCUGGCAACUGCUCCUGUGCUGCUCCUGCGCUGCUGAGGGCACCCACAGAUGCUGCUCCUUUGUGAAGCACACCACUACUAGCCGGGAGUGCAAGAGCUGUGCUGGCCUGGGCGCUGCUAAGAGACAAAGCAACCAGGCAGCCCCGGGCUGGGGCCAGCAGCCAGCCAAGGCCUGGGUGCCCAGGGUGGGCUUGGCAGAGUCUCUCUUCUCCAGGAGGCCUGGGGGCAUUGCUCUGGCCUGUCCUGCCUGGCACUGGGGGGCUCUGCCUUUGACCUUCCUGCUUCCCAUUACAGCCUGCAGUGCCAGCUCCGACCUCGCAGGCCCCAGCACUGCCAGCCAGGCAGAACUGGGGCCUUCCCACGGCUCCUCCACACCCGAGGCCAGCAGUUCCAGCAGUGCCAGCCAGCUGCCAUCAGGACCCUCCAGCAGCUCUGCACAGCUCAAGAGCGACAGCCGCUCCGGCCAUGCUGGGCCCAUGCGGACACGACACCGCUCCCGCUUGCAACAUCGGGCCCCAAAACCCUAUAGCAGGCCCAGAAAACACCAAGAGAGUAGCCACGUAACAGCACCAUGUGCUGAGAGCAGCACCCCCAGCCAGGCAGUGCUGGAUCCGUCCCAUGACUGCCCAGCACUCGGGACCAGCAGCCCCAGCACUGCCAGUCAGGCAGGAUCGGGGCCUUCCCACGGCUCCCCCGCAGCCCUGACUGUCCAGCGCCACGGCCGCGUGCUUCCGGGCUCGGUUUCCCCGGGGGAAGGUCACCCGCAGCCGCAGAGCCGGGGUCCCUGCCCUUGGCCGCGGGAGGCGGGCCCGGCCCGGCUCUGCCCGAGCGCACGGGCCCCUCGGCGCGGCCCGCCCGGCCCCCAGCGCGUCUCCCGGCAACGCGGGCUGCGCCGCGCGCUCGCAUGGCCCUCGCGGCGCUCCGUAGCGCGGCGGCGGCGGCGGCGCGGCUGGGCCGGCGGUGAGUGCGCGGCCGUCGGGCCUGGGCCUCCCCGGGGUCCUCGCCUCUGA